AUGGACACAAACACAACGAAAUCUACACCAACAUCGGGGUUUCAAAUCCCUCUUUAUGUUCUUGAUGAUUUAUGCAGGUUUAAAGUAUCAGUUCCCUAAUGAAAUAACAUUAAGGAAACUAUCCAGCUAUCUUGAAAAAGCAUAUUAGACGAAAGUUCUCGAGUCUUAACAUUUUACUUGUCUUUUUAAGGGGAGGGGGGGUAUAAACUGAUAGAGACUUAUCCGUCUAGAAUGAUGAUAUCGGGUCGCUUCAUAAUCAACAUUCCUGAUGAAGAACGACAGGAUCUCAUCAGGAUAUUCUUCCAGAUAGAGCUGGCACACUGGUUUUACCUGGAUUUCUAUUGUGCUGAAAAUCAGGAACUCAGAUCAUGUGGAAUAAAAGACUUUUCUGCACAAGUGUUCAAGCAUUGUCCAUUUCUGAGUGGUCAUGCAGGUGAGGUGGACAAGAUUCUGGAAAAUUGGCGCUCCUAUAAGAUGAGUGUUCCUACUUAUGGUGCUAUCAUGCUGGACCCAGAAUUGAAAUAUGUCCUUUUAGUACAAGGGUUUUGGACCAAGAGUAGCUGGGGUUUCCCUAAAGGCAAAGUAAAUGAAGAGGAAUCCCCCCAUGAUUGUGCUGUGAGAGAGGUCGAGGAGGAAACUGGAUUUGAUAUAGUCACACUGAUAGACAAGAAUGCAUUUCUAGAGAACCACUUCAAUGACCAGCUGACACGUUUGUAUAUCGUUCCGGGGGUCCCACUCAGCACAAAGUUCCAGCCAAAGACACGGAAGGAAAUCAAGAGUCUGCAGUGGUUCCCUAUCGAAGCUCUCCCAGCACACAAACAUGACCAGACCCCGAAGCAACUAGGCUAUAAUCCAAAUAACUUUUUCAUGGUCAUUCCAUUUAUUAAACCUCUAAGGAAGUGGCUUGCCGGGAGACAGAACCUUUUAGAUGCUGAUCUAAGUGAGCACACUCAGCACAGUAAUUCCAAUCAACACAAACAAAUAAAGGGUGGCAUCGGGCCAAAUGAAGCGCGACACCAUCGUGAGAAACAGAAACAAAAACUACAACAGUUCUUUGCACAGCAAAACCAGCAGGAAUAUCAGGAUUACCUACAGCUCAAUGAAAACGAUUCUAAGUCCAGAACAGAGUCUGUUAAUAAAGAUCUCAAGUCUAGAACAGAAUCUCCUCGCAAGGAGCCAUACCACAAGGGGAGACAACUGGAGAACAGCGACCCAUCACAAGGCAAAAAGGGGUACCAUAUUAUGAAUCGGGAUGGAACGAUUAGUGGAUCUUCCAGAAGAAGUUUAAAUCCUCAGUUUGAAAACAGUCCAGGUCUAAAGCAGGGUCAGCCAUAUGAUAGAAGCAGAGUUCCGACUUUGAUAUUUGACAGAACACAACCCCCUCCUAGUCUUCCAACCAAACCCCAGCAUGACAGGCCCAACACGCAACAUAUGAACUCUCCAUAUGGCAAAGGACAGUUUAAUCAAAAGAAACAUAAAUAUGUCAAAAUCACAGACCCUGACGGACUCGGGUCAGAGGCAUGGCUAAACUUUCAUUUCGACAUAUCAGCAAUCAUGUCCUGUAUUCAGUGAAGUGCUUGUAAUGCAUAGAGCUUGCCAGGAUGUUUUUCCUAACUUUAAAGUGACUUGGAAUACGAGGAUGUGCAUCUUUUCUCUCAUGAAUACACAAAAGUACACAGAGUGCCAUCUGUAUUGACAGGUGUUUUAGGAAUGUGUAAAGAAAGUUAGUAUGUUGUAUCUGGACAAUAUCAAUGGCAUUCUUGGUAGAUUCUCACAAGUAAAUUCAUGUAUAUCAGUAUCCUUAGUACGUUUUGUCAGUGUGCGAAGGAAGAGGGUGUAAUUACACCGCUAUAAAAGUGGAAAUUUCCACCUUGUGGAUAUGCUUGCAUUUUUAGCUUUGUGCUAACCGUUUCACCCCUAGGUAACUUUAGUAGACUCUACCAUACAUUGAUCUGGAUGAGUCCAUUAUGGUCUAAAGUGGUGAAAGGGUUAAUUAGUGUAAAACUAUCCACACUGGAAUAUGUAUUUAUAGAUUAUAUAGAUUCUAGAUAUAUAUGAUAUAUAGAUUUCAGAACCAUCGCUGAUGUGAAAAAUUCCACAACACGAUCAGUUUAAAGAAUUCCAAUGCAACUGUUUUGAGAUGUGAACAUUUCCACUUUUCAGUUUGGUAGCCCAAGUUUCCCCUCUGGCCCUGACGCCAGACUUAGACAUUUUGACAGAUAGUUGUCCCACACCAGACAUCUAUCAGUUAAGAUGUCUAAGUCUGGUGUCAGGACCAGAGGAAACUUGGGCCUACAGUUUGGUAAUAUGUGAAGUAAGUAGGUAUCUUUAAUAUUCUUGUUAAUAUGUAAAGACAGCUAAUGUCUUUAAAAUUCUUGUUAAUAUGUAAAGAAAACUAGUGUCUACGUCAUUAUUGUUCAUGUGUAAAGAAAACUAGUGUAUGACAUUAUGGUAAAGAAAGUUAUAUAAAUUUGAUGUAUAUGUCAUUCCCAAUCAUGUGUAACAAAAACCCUUCUUUGACAUUCUUGGUGAUGUUUCACCAAACAUGUAUCUAUGACACUAUUGGUAAUGUUUAAUGAAACAUGUAUCUAUUACAUUCUUGGUAAUGUUUAACGAAACACGUAUCUAUGACAUUCUUGGUAAUGUUUAAUGAAACAUGUAUCUAUGACAUUCUAUGUAAUGUUUAACACAACAUGUAUAGACUAUGAUGUUCUUGAUAAUGUUUAACAAACACGUAUCUUUGAUGUUCUUGGUAAUGUUUAACGACACACUUAUCUAUGACAUUCUUGGUAAUGUUUAACGAAACAUUUAUCUAUGACAUUCUUGGUAAUGUUUAACGAAACACAUAUCUAUGACGUUCUUGGUAAUGUUUAACGAAACACAUAUCUAUGACGUUCUUGGUAAUGUUUAACGAAACACGUAUCUAUGACAUUCUUGGUAAUGUUUAACGAAACAUGUAUCUAUGACAUUCUUGGUAAUGUUUAACGAAACACAUAUCUAUGACGUUCUUGGUAAUGUUUAACGAAACACGUAUCUAUGACAUUCUUGGUAAUGUUAAACGACACACGUAUCUAUGACAUUCUUGGUAAUGUUUAACGAAACACAUAUAUAUAUGACAUUCUUGGUAAUGUUUAACGAAACACGUAUAUAUGACAUUCUUGGUAAGGUGUGAAAGAAGCUAGUUUAUAUGACAUAAUGGUAAUACAUAAAUUAGGAUGUAUGAGAUUCUGGUUUAUUGUGUAAAGAAAGCUUGUCUUUAUGUAUAUUACAUAUUAAUGCAUAAGGAGAUUUGAUAUCUAUGAUAUUGUUGGUAAUGUGUGAAGAAAGUUUAAGUAUGAUAUCUAUGACAUAAUUAUGAUGAUAUCUAGGACAUUUGAGGUUAUGGAAAUCAAGGAAUUUUGACUUUUUUGUAAAUCUGAUUCAACAGAUAUUUUUCCCUGAAAUUACAAAUUAACACAUUUGGAAGUCAUUGUGUUUAUUUAGUGCCCUUUCUUUCUCAUGUAAUUAUUUUUGUUAUAGUUUAAAAACUAUUUCUGGUAAAUCUACAUGAUAUAUCAUAAAUGUUUUCAUAGAUCCAGAAAGAUGCUUUAUUAAUAAGCAGCCCCCAUUACUCCAAUAUUUUUAAGGGCCAAGUGUGCUAAUACAACAAAUACAGAAUAUUUAUCUUGCAUUAAAUACUGUUUAUAUUUUUUACUGAACACUUCCAUUUAUUAUCACAGAAUGAUACGAAAAUGUGCCUCACAAAGGAAGUAAUGUUAUUGUGACUAGACGUUAUCAUACAGACAAAAGAUUAUUUAAUUUUGCAGGAAUAAAAAUAAUCUCAAAGUU